UGGAGGCGCUCGGUCGAAGCGAGGACGCUGCCGGGGGCCCCCCACCAGGACGGCGAGGAGGAGGGCGACGGCGGAGGCCCCGCGGACCACUUCGGCGACGGGCGCGAGCCGCUGCCGGGCGGCUGCAGCCUCCUCUGCAAGCCGUCGGCGCUGGCCCGGUGCCUGCUGCGCGCGCUGCGCCGCUCGGCGGCGCUGGAGCCCGGCCCGCGCUCCUGGCUCUCGGGGCCCCACCUGCAGACCCUCUGCCACUUCGUCCUGCCCGUGGCGCCCGGGCCUGAGCUGGCCCGGGAGUACCUGCAGUUGGCGGACGACGGGCUGGUGGCCCUGGACUGGGUCGUGGGAGCUUGUGCCCGGGACCGCCGGGUCACGCACGCCGGGGGCCUUCCGGCGGUGCUGCUGGUGAUCCCCAAUGCGUGGGGGCGCCUCACCCGCAACGUGCUUGGCCUCUGCGUGCUCGCCCUGGAGCGCGGUUACUACCCGGUCAUCUUCCACCGCCGCGGCCACCACGGCUGCCCGCUGGUCAGCCCCCGGCUGCAGCCUUUCGGGGACCCGUCCGACCUCAAGGAGGCAGUCACUUACAUCCGCUUCCGACACCCGGCGGCCCCGCUGUUCGCGGUGAGCGAGGGCUCGGGCUCGGCGCUGCUGCUGUCCUACCUGGGCGAGUGCGGCUCCUCCAGCUACGUGACGGGCGCCGCCUGCAUCUCGCCGGUGCUGCGCUGCCGCGAGUGGUUCGAGGCCGGCCUGCCCUGGCCCUACGAGCGGGGCUUUCUGCUCCACCAGAAGAUCGCUCUCAGCAGAUAUGCCACGGCCCUUGAGAACACAGUGGACACCAGCAAACUGUUCAGAAGCCGCUCCCUUCGAGAGUUUGAAGAGACCCUCUUCUGCCACACUAAAAGUUUCCCCAUCAGCUGGGAUACCUACUGGGACCGCAACGACCCUCUCCGGGAUGUGGACGAGGCGGCUGUGCCUGUGCUGUGUAUCUGCAGUGCUGACGACCCUGUGUGCGGACCCCCAGACCACACUCUGACAACUGAACUCUUUCACAGCAACCCCUACUUCUUUCUCCUGCUCAGUCGCCACGGAGGCCACUGUGGCUUCUUGCGGCAGGAACCUUUGCCAGCCUGGAGCCACGAGGUCAUCUUGGAGUCUUUCCGGGCCUUGACUGAGUUCUUCCGAACGGAAGAGAGGAUGAAAGGGCUGAGUAGGCGCCGAGCUUCAUUCCUAGGGGGCCGGCGUUGCUGGGGAACCCUGCAGAGGCGGGAGGUCUCUCUCUCUUCCAAUCUGGAGGAAAUCUUUAGCUGGAAGCGAUCAUAUACAAGGUGAGAGACCUGGCCUGAGAACCCCCAAGUCCUGCAAGGAAGAAGAGAGCUGGGAAGAGAGAGUCCCCAAAGAUGGUGAGGACUGAGUGGGGGGAGCUUCAGCUCUUUGCUCGGAAUUCAACCCUUUCUCUCUCAAACCGGUCCUCAGAAGGAAGCAGAACUUCCAGCAAUUCUGCACUCACUUUACCCUGAGCAGAACUCCCACCCA